AUGAAUAAAUAAGAGAAAAGAAAAUUACCUAGUCAUUUAUAAUAUGAUACUGUAAGUCCAGCUACUAAAUUACUUGAAAAGAGAAGAAAGAUGUAUGAAGUGCAUGAAGCAUUUGAAGCAUAAAGAGAGGAAUUUAAGAAGUAAAUUAAUAGAAAAAUAUAAGAUAGGAAGAUAAGUUUAAAUAAGAGGAAGAAAAAAUUAGAUAAAAGGAUAUGGAAAUUUAAGAAUCUUUAAUUAAAUUUUGCAAAUUUUUAUAAGAUAAUGAAGCAAAAAAGAAGAGAGCUGAAGGAAGAUUAGAGGAAGAAAGAAGAUAAAAAAUAUAGAAAGAAAAAGAAAUUUAAGAUUUGAAAGCAUAAUUAUAGGAAUUGGAAAAGAAAUAAUAAAAAUUAGAAAAGAAGGGUAUGUUUAGAUUAAUAUCAAGACAGUUACUUCAAUGAAAAAAUAUGAAGAAUAUUUAGAUAGUGUUGCAAAAUAAUAUCCAGAAUAAUAUCAUGAUAUGGGAUCUAUAUUAGAGAGACAUAGUACAUUGUCAAGUUAGAAUUCUAAAUUAGUAGAAGAACAUUAAGCAAUGGAAAAAGAAUAUGAAAAAUUAAAAUAUGAAUCAACUUAAUAUGAGAAGGAUAAAAAUCAUGAAAUAUUAUAAUUAAAUAAUGAUAUAAAAGAACUUUAAAAGAAAUUAGAAGAAAAGAUAGCAGAGAGAAAUUAAUUAUAAUAAUUAGUAGAGGCAUCAGCAAAUGAAGCAUCAUCUAAGAAUUUAAGUUUAGGAAGAAUUCUAAUGGCUAUAGAUAAUUUAUUUAAUAGAUGUUAAGAAGGAACAUAAAAGAUAAAACAUGAAUUGGAAGAAACAAAAUAAGAAAAUAAUAAAAAAGAUGAUAAAAAAGUAAAGAAAGAAGAUAAUAAGAAAUAAUAGAAUAAAGAUGAAAAAGAAGAAGAAGAAGAAGAUAAUUAUGAAGUUAAAAGUUAAUAGGCAAUGUAGAAAUUAAAAAUUAUAUCAUUGUACUUAAAUGAUUUCAAAAAGAUUAUUUAAGGAUGUAAAGAAGAUUAUAAAAAAGCUUAAAAUAAAUGA